CACAAGAACACACUUAUAAUCAUACUAGAUGUCGUCGAAGUCCUGCCCCGGCAAUGCGAACGUCGGCGGCGCGAUGGCCACGACGGGCGGCGCGACGGGCGGCGGCGGCAGGGGCGGCGCGGCGUCUUCGUCGCUGUCCUCCCGGAGCAUCUCGAAGGACGCCGCUUGUUUGGAGGGCGCCGCCGUCGCGCGCGCUUUGCGGGCCGCCCGCUUCGCGUCUCUUUCGUGGUCCAUGGCGAAGAGCCAGCGCAGGUCGCCCUCGUCCCGCGGCGGCGGCGCGUCGACGGCGAAGGACGCCGGCUUUAUGUGCACGUCCGGCGGCGGCAACUGGCCGCGCUCGGCCGCGUACUCGGCGGCCUUGGCGCGCUCGCGCGCGGCCUGCUCCUCCCGGCGCCGCGCUUUCAGCGCGAGCUUCUCCGACGACACGGGUUUGUGCACUUUGCCCUGCUUGGCGUGCUUCGGCACGAGCAUGCGCUUGCCGCUGCCGCCGGGCUGUUGUUUGACAACCUGCCUUUUGACGAGCGCGGAGCCCUUGCCGGCCUUGCGCGCCGCCUGCUUGGCCUUUUGCUUUUGUUUCUUGGCCAUUUGCGCUGCCUUUGGCUGCUUGUUGUGAAGUGCUGGCUGCGCCCUACGUCGCGAGUGGCGCCGCGCUUGCUGUUAGCAAAAGUUGUGUGCACUGUGUGUGAUGGUCUUCAGCUCUCAGCGCAGCGUGCCGUUCACGCUCAAACUGCUGGAGACAAGAGAUGCACCACCGAUGCGACUUUCGUGCGGCUCGGUUCCGUCCUAAUCGAUUUAUGCGUGGCGCCUUGCUAGGCCAAAAAGCUCAUCG